CCAGCUUGCCCGAAUUCCUCCGGCGGAAGAAAGAGAAGCCGGGAAGAGGAGAGCCGCGGCCCCCGACCCAUGUGGCGACGGGCGGCGACGGCGGCGCUGUCGCUGGGCGCCGGCGCCGGCGCGGUGGCGGUCGCCAGCACCGAGGACCCCGCCGCGACGCUCAAGGUCUGCGCGCACCUGCCCCCUCGCCUCCUCCGCGAUUCCGUCACGGCGGCCACCAUCGCGUUCGACUACAAGUGGUCCCUCUGGGGCCUCGAGCCGGGCAGCCCCGCUUGGCAGAGCGCCAAGCACGACACCCACCUCCGCUCCGCCAACCGGCUCCAGGAGCUCUGCUUCCGCAACGGCGGCAUCUACAUCAAGCUCGGCCAGCACAUCGCCCAGCUGGAGUAUGUCGUGCCAGAGGAGUACGUGCAGACGAUGAGGGAAUCGAUGCUGAAGAGGUGCCCGGUCUCGUCGUACGAGGAGGUCCGCGGGGUGUUCGCCAAGGAUCUAGGAGAAUCGCCAGAAACUGUUUUUGCAGAAUUUGAUCCUGUCCCACUUGCAAGUGCUUCUCUUGCCCAAGUCCAUGCUGCACGAACCCAUGAUGGGCAAAAAGUUGCUGUUAAGGUUCAGCACGAUCACCUGACAGAUACCAGUGUUGUAGAUAUAGCUACUGUGGAUUUGUUAGUGAAUGCUCUGCACUAUAUUUUCCCUACAUUUGACUACAGGUGGUUAGUUGAUGAAGUUCGAGAAAGUGCCCCUAAGGAAUUGGAUUUCCUGAAUGAGGCCAAAAACAGCGAAAAAUGUUUGGAUAACUUUAGAAGGCUGUCUCCUCACAUUGCGGAUAGUAUCUAUGCUCCCAAGGUUUAUUGGAAUCUCAGCACAUCUAGAAUUCUCACCAUGGAGUUUAUGGAUGCCAAGGAGGUAACUGAUGUUCAUGGCAUUAAAGCAAUUGGAAUUCACCCUGUUGAUGUUUCUAACCUAGUCAGUAAAGCAUUUGCCGAGAUGAUUUUCAAGCAUGGUUUUGUUCAUUGUGAUCCCCAUGCUGCCAAUAUGAUGGUCCGACCCAUGCCACAAGACAGCAGGAAAAGUUUUGGUUGGAAAAGGCCGCAAUUGGUUCUUCUCGAUCAUGGUCUUUACAAAGAGCUUGAUUGUACUACUAGGAUAAGCUAUGCUUCUCUUUGGAAGGCACUUGUUUUUGCUGAUGCAAAAGCAAUUAAGGAGAACAGUGUCAAACUAGGAGCUGGGGAAGAUCUUCAUGCACUCUUUGCUGGUGUUCUCACUAUGAGGCCAUGGCAAAGGGUGAUUGACCCAUCUCCUGAUCAUCUUGUCCUAGACAAAAAAACGACUGAUUAUUCUGAACUACAGAAUUAUGCCUCCUUAUAUUUUUCUGAAAUCUCGGAGCUGCUGAGGAGAUUACCAAGGGUCAUCUUGUUGAUGCUUAAAACAAAUGACUGUUUACGUGCAGUCAAUCACGCCCUGGUUGGAGGCACUUCCUUGGAAUCAUUUAUGAUCAUUGGACGUGUUUCUUCUGAAGCUGUGCUGGACGCUAAAAGGAUGAGCAAGAGGUCCUUUCUAAAUAGGUUGAUGAUAUGGCUGGAGGAAGUUAUGCUGGAAGCUCGAUUCUUUAGUUUGGAGCUGAUGUUGUGCUUUAUGGAACUUAGGAAGUUGUUGCCCAGCUAAAUGCAGCUUGGCGCAUCAACAGUUUUUGGACCGUGGAAUUGUGAAGAUGAAAUCUAGUUCCAUAUCUUUUGAGAGAGAAAACCUGGCAUUUUGCUUAGAUUGCCAUUCUUCCUGUAUACAUCAAUUCUUUCAUCGACCACUGUUUCACCAUGAUUGGUCAUCAUGGUACAUAUGCUCGCCAGUACAGUUGGUGACGAUACGUUCAUUCUGAUAGGUGGAUACAAGUAUACAAAUUGCUGUCGUUGACAAAUGUAAUAUCACAACUGUUUUUUGGAACAAAAUCAACAGUGACUUGGAGCAAAUUUGGUAA